AUGGCCAACAACACUAAUUCCAAGCCCGUCGUCUUCAUCGGCGCUGCGGGUGGGAUGUGUCGCGUUGCCGUGGAACGCUUUGCCAAAGCCAGCAAUGCCCAGCUUGUUCUUGCAGACUUGAACACUGCUCUUAAUCCGUUUGACGAAUCUGCCCUUGCCCGGUUAAUCGGCGGCGCCGGGCUGGUUGUUCUGGGCGCUGGACCGUAUGCGAAAACUUCUCAUCCAGCCGUCAAGGCAUGUAUCGCAGCCAGAAUUCCCUAUCUCGACUUUAACGACGACGACGUCGAAAGCACGCAGGCCGCUCUCGCGCUCACUAGAGAAGCAAAAGAAGCUGGUGUCCCUCUCUAUAUUGGAUGCGGCGCGUCGCCCGGCCUGAGUAACGUCAUGGCCAUGGAUGCUACCCAUGAACUCGACUCCAUUGAUAGCAUCGAUAUCUGCUGA